AUGCCUCGCACAACUCGAUCUGCGCCUGCUGAGCAGAAGGCACAGCCUGAGAUUGAUCAACAAAAGACUCUUAUACCUGCAGAAAAGCCCAAUCGGACAUUCAUCUUGCCUGCUUCGGCCAGCAAAGACGCGCGUGUGUUAUCACUUCCAGAUCCUCGCUCUGGCAAUUUGGCGCAAUACUUCUUCUGUUCAGAACUUGGAGUAUAUGAAUUCACGGCAAUUACAGCGCCUUCCCAUGUUGCUCGUAGUAUCUUUGCUACUCCUAGCGCUUCAAGCGCGUCAGACGAUAAGAAUGCGCCGUCUUUAAUGAUCAAGAAGGGCGAUCUAUUAGUAGCAACCCCAAUUGACCCAAUCUUUAUUCUGAUACCCUUGCUUUUACCUUCAUCCAAUUCCGGGCCUUCACUCUUCCAGCCUUUGGACGAUAUUAUUGACUCGCACGACGAUCUACAUCCUCAUCUUCGAUCUGUCUUGUUCAACGAAAAGUUCAGAACCACUCUCCUUGCGCGUGCGGAAGCUAUAUGUGAUACUGUGGAAGCCGGAGAUGAAAGAAUGCUUCGGCUGAGCGAGACUAAGCUUCUGAAGGAGCUGGUCUCGAAGUCGGAAAUCUUGGCAAAACAAGGUCUGCCGGCGAGCUUGGAGCAACGAUUUAUUCGUCAAGCAUUGGCUGCUCCGUUGAUGUCUGUUAAGCGAAAUGAUAUACAAACUAGUCAGCUGUCUAAUGACAGUGAAACAACCGCCCAAUCGCAAGAAAGGCAAGACUCGCCAUCCAUAAGUGCCACUACUGUGAUACCAUCUAUAUCAACACCUGUGGGAGAGACUAUACCCGCGCCUCAGUUGGAUGUAGUAGCUUCCUCAGAUCCUGUUCGUUUGUUACAAAUUUCCACGGCCUUAUCUUUCAUCAAGGAGUCCUAUCUGUCGCCGGCCUUGUGCUCUCGACUCGAUGAACUCCUUACUUCCCCGGAGAGUCCCUUGGACCUGACUCCUUUGACAAAUCGUCUGAAAGAACUUGCUGAUCUCCGCGCUGAAGCACUUGCGACGCGGAAGAUGUCUGACUUUACCCUCAAACGUAGCCUGGACGACGAGGAAGUGGAGGCCCGGGCAGAGAAGAAACGUCGCAAGGAAGAGGAAGAGAAGAAGAGCAAGGCCGAGUCUCGAGGAGUUCGCGAUUUGAAAAAAGUAAACACUACUGGUAUGAAGAAGAUGAGUGAUUUCUUCUCAAAGGCCGCCUCGAAGAAGAAAUCUUGA